GAUUGCGACACGGUCUACCAUAAUGAACAAACAGGUACAAGAUAAUAUGCUCUCCGUCAUACAAAAGUUCCUCACAAACGCACCACCUGGAUGUGAUGUCGAAAUCAGCGUUAAAUACAAUCUUGCUAAAGAAGGGCAGCAGGUGCAAGCAUAUACAACUACUAUGAAGACAAUGGAACCAGUUUCAAGCAAGCUUCGCAACGCGGAUUCUUCAGGUUCAACAACACUUUUGGUGCGAAAACUAAGAUCAGAGGAGCGUGUUCCCAUAAAGGGAGCAGUGCCAGUUCUUUCUCCAAAGAAAAUUCAGGAGGAUACGUCAAGAUACGAAAAUCUACCCGAAGGCAGGAAGUUGAUGGAUGAUGAGGUCAAUGUAUCCGCAGAAGUAUUCAAAAAAUCGAACUCUGAUAAGAAGAAAAAAAUGAAGACUACCCAGUCAAGUGAUCCGGAAACCGACGAAAUUGCCACUAGCGAACUAUUUCCAGUGAAAAAAGCUCUUCGCUACAACAAGAAUUCCGGAAAAUACGAUGACAUUUCUUACUAGUUAUUUUAAUUAAUGAUUCGCUAAUGUUUUUCUGCUAAGAAAGUUCCGCGAUGUGUUCACUACCGUAGCGCUUCCUGGUA